UGCUGGAGCGUUGAGACUGGCGGCACCUUGGAGCAGUUCUGGUGCCAUCUCCACCCCAUCCUUGGGUCCUCAUCAGCAUUGGGUGAAGUGGCCGUCAUACACAACGACUUGAUUGACUUGUGGAUUAGUUUCAGAUUAAAAUAAACCUGCCAAAGGUCUAGUGUUCGCCUGGAGUGAAGACAGAAAAGCAUUUAAACAAUUACCUGUGUUUUUGUGAGUGUUCUUAGUACCCGAAUAGCAGAAAGGAGAAAUAGUAAAGUAGAAAUAAUUGUCAGACAGAAGGAAUAAAGGUAAAAAGGUUUGUACUGUGAAAUAUUAGAUAAAAAAAGAGGGGCCAGGAAGACUAGGCGCGAACAUGGGCAUGUUAGAAGAGUGUGUGGGACCAGAGGGCGCGUGUGGGGGGCCGGACAACAGGAGCCUCCUGGCCUCUACGGAGCCUCCUUACUUCCCCAUCCACGAGCGCCCGGAGACCUACAUCGUCCCCAUCGUCUUCUUCUUCAUCUUCGUGGUGGGCGUGGCUGGCAACGGCACGCUGGUGUUCAUGUUCGCCAAGUACCCGAACAUGCGCAAUGUUCCCAAUACCUACAUUCUCUCCCUGGCGCUGGGAGACCUCCUGGUGGUCAUCUUCGCCGUGCCCUUCGUCUCCAUCAUCUACGUCACUGAGAAGUGGCCCUUCGGGGAGGUCAUCUGCCGGGUGUCGGAGUUCAUGCGCGACACGUCGGUGGGGGUGACGGUCUUCACGCUGACGGCCCUCAGCGCCGACCGCUACAUGGCCAUCGUGGACCCCGUGGGCAAGCGCGCGGGGGCCGUGGCCCACCGCAGCACCAUGGCCGUCACCGCCGUCAUCUGGGUACUUGCGGUGGUGCUGGCCGCCCCCGCAGGGAUCUUCUCCAACCUGCGGGCUGCGGGCACCGGCAACGGGGAGAUCGUGGUGUGCUACCCGUUCCACCCGCUGCUGGGGCCAUCGUACCCGAGGAUCAACGUGGUGGCCAAGUUCGCCGUCUACUACCUCCUGCCGCUCCUCAUCAUCACCACGUUCUACCUCCUGAUGGCGCGCCACCUGAUGCAGGCGGCGGCCUCGCUCCCCGGCGAGGCGCAGCACCAGCGGCACUACGUCAGGCACGUCGCCGCCCGCAGGAAGGUGGCCAAGCUGGUGCUGGCGUUCGUCGUCAUCUUCGCCAUCUGCUACUUCCCCAAUCACGUCUUCCUCCUGUGGUUCUACUUCAACCCCAACGUCGAGAGGGACUACAACCACUUCUGGAACGCCUUCCGAUGGAUCGGAUUCUGCCUGGGGUUCAUCAACUCCUGCAUCAACCCUAUCGCCCUCUACUGCAUCAGCGGCACCUUCAGGAAAAACUUCAACCGCCAUCUCUUCUGUUGCUUGUGCCCGGAGGCGGCGCAGAGCCGCACCUGGACCACCUUCCACUUCCACUCCUCCGGUCAGCACUUCAUCUCCACCGUCAGGAAGACCGACAACUUCGACAUGUCGACCAUGAACGGCCCGGAGAAGACGGCGGUGUGAUUCCCCCGUCCCAUCCCAAAUCCCUACCCCUUCCCUGUGCUAUAUAGUCGUAAUGGCUUGGAGCUUUUCCCAGAUAGUUCCCUUCCCUUAUGUCAUUUCAUUCAAAUAGGAAUUAUUUGAGUGUUGCACUCGUGUGCUUCAGCCCAUCCUCCUCCUCCUUCACCUAUAGCAACUAUUUCGUCAAACGUACAAAACUGGACUGUUUGCAGCCAGUAAUAUUCACGCUUUGUAUUAUUAAUUUUGACCAGGGCACGCAAAAAAAUAAACGAAAAGCCAAAAUUAAACAUUCCUAGGCUUAAUAUUACACAUUUGUACUAUAUUAGGCCUAAGGUGGUGCAUAUUAAGCCUAUGAUUACUUGGACAGGUUAGGUUGGUUUCUUAAAAUACUUUUCCAGUGUUUUAGUUUGUCAUUUGUGAUAAUUCAAUAAAACAAAACGCGAAGGGUUUCUAGGUCCAAAAGAAUAUUUUUUUGCACGUUUGACUAAUUAGUUGCUUUAAGGACUAACAUUUUAGGAGGAUGAGCUGUGUGCUUCAUUGUGGAUAGAUAUAACAAUUGUGCUUUGUCCUAGUUUCCCAGAAUUGUUUAUGAAUAGUCCCAAGUAACAAAGUUUCAUUUGCACUAUAAAUAUGUAACUUAUUUGUAACGAUUGUACUAGUCAUUUUUUGCAUGCCUUUAAUACAGCCAUGAAGUGAAAUAUAUAAAAUUAUUUGAAAAUAUGAUAAUUGUCUAUUCAUGUAUGUAUGCAUAUA